AUGUAGUGAGUAGUGACUAGUGUGUACUGAUUACUGCGAGGAGAGUUGUUUAUAUUAUUAAAUUUGUAGUAUCUAUAAUGAUAAUAGCAGUAGUCGGCUCUCUGCAGUCUGUAGUGGAUACUGAGUAGUUUGUCUUUAUUUUUGUUCAAUCGUUUCAGGAUACGUUGUUAUUGUUCACCAUUUGGCAAAAGCCGAAAUGUAAUGGGUGAAAUUUAUAACCGUGGCUAUUAAUUGGAUUAUCCCUAAUAAAAUUAUAUAUUAAUUUGUAUAAAGUUGAAUUAUUUCAUUAUUCAUACUGAGUUUAAUCAUAAAAUGGACGGUGAUAUAAAAAGUGAUGAUAUAAAUUACUUACCGACAGAGGUCAUAUCUCAUAUAUUACAAUUUUUAAAUCUGGCAGAUAAAAAAAAUGCAUCAUUGGUAUGCUGGAAAUGGUACGAAGCUUCAAUUCACCCUAUGUUCUUGAAUAAAGAAGAUAUAUACUUAAAAGAUUUAAAAAAUCAUAAAAUUUUAGAUGUUUUAAGUAUUUUUACUAAGAGUAAACGGUCAAUUUUUAGAUUUAAAAUAUGUGGAUUAGGUAUUUCAUAUAGUGAUGAUGCCAUGAAUUAUGCACAUUUUAUCAGUAAUGAACAUUGGGUAAAUACGGUUUGGCCACUAUUAGCCAAUAAAGUUGUAUCAUUAGAAUUUUUCGAUACUGUAGAAUUUGUUGAUAAUAUUUUGCCUGCCAUGUUAAAUGUAACACAACAGUUAAGAACGUUAAAAAUACAUAAUCUUCAAUAUUGUCAUACAGAGGAAUUUUAUAAAAUGAAAAGAAUAGAUUCUCUUAGAGAACUGAAGCUGGAUUGUUUUCUAACAGAUAACAUUAAUAAUGGUAAACUAUUAGGGGUUAUACCUAAACAAUUACAAGUCCUUUCACUCAAGUCCAUGUGGGGCAGCCAAAGCAUUAUCGGUGAUUUAAUAACCAUAUUUGAGUUUUGUGCACCUCAUCUGAAAACUCUUGAUCUUAUGAAUAUCGAUGCAUCUCCUGAAUUAAUGCAUUCAAUUUCGACUAUGGAUAUGAAGUUGUCAGCAUUUAGAUUAACUCUUGCCGAUCCCAUCCAUUACGAUCAUGAACCGUCUAUUUUCGACCCAAUAUUUGAAACUGAUUGGCCGUUAAUUAGCCUAACAUUAAGAGCCGAUUGCCUGUUGGAUGAACAUUUCAUUAAAAUAUCAGAAAAAUUUAAGAAUGUAAGGAAUCUAUCUCUUUCAAGUGAAUCUUCUAUAGUGGACUUCACUGACGACGGAAUAGCACAAUCGUUUAGAGCUCUGACCAAGUUAAAAAAUGUUUAUCUGGGUGCCAAUAGUGGUUACAAAGAAUUUUAUUAAUUUGUAAAUGUUUAUAAUCCAUGAAAAAAACAUCAUAUGAUGGCAAUGUAGGUUAGAUUAAGCAGCCUAGGGCCUUCAAAGCUACUUUAAUAUGGUAAUGAUGUAAGUGUUUUAAUUUUAAACGGGUAAAUUUAAGUGUAACAAACAACAUAAUAGUCAUAACAGUUCAUGUCCCUCAUUAAAUACUUAUAAUAUGUAAAUAAGGUCCACCAUUAAGAAUUAUUCAAUUUUUUUUUAACAUCGUUUUAAUACUAUAUUUAUAAAUAUGAAAAACCUAAAUUAGGAAAUUACCUAGUGGGUAAGAUAAACGAAUACUUUUUAUAUAAAUACUGUUUUUACAUGCAGCCAUUAAUUUACGUCAAGUACUGUAGCCUUCAAGUUUAUAUGCAGUUGUAAUCCUAGUCGGUGAUAUAAUUUAACUAAGUUGACGCGAAAUGAUAAUUAACAACUGCAUGACAGACCUGAGUAUUACAUGAAUAAUUGUUUAUUAAAAACAAAAUUGUGUGUAUAAAACUCAUCUGUCAAAUAAUAUUGAAUUUUUAAUUAAGUGGAAUUGUAGAAAAUAAGUUAUUUGCAAAAUUCAAAUAAUUUAUAGCAAUAAAAACAUUUGAUGUUUCAAAAAAAAAAAAAUUUGACUUUAAUUCACAAUUAUUGAUGUACUAAAAAAAAGUUAUUUUAAUUAAAAUUGUUCAGGUCUUUUGUA